UACCAAGCUUUCGUAAAAUAGAUUUCUAUAUUAUAAAUUGAUCACAGACCCUGCGUGUCUCUCUGUCCAUUUGCAUCUUUCUCUCUGGUCUCCAUCACCCCUACUUCGGAUCCUGGUUCUUCGUUGCUGUCGAAGAGCCAAUCCUCUCAUCCUUUCCAAUUUAGUUAUCGGAAUCGUAAUUGUAGCAAUCUCCUGAGUUCGAUCUCUGUUGGAUCCGUUAGCCAAAAUGGCGUCGAUGAAUGGAAUACGAAUGACGACAUUCGAGGACUCAGAGAAGGAGAGCGAGUUUGGCUACGUUCGAAAGGUAUCAGGACCUGUUGUUGUUGCAGAUGGGAUGGCAGGGGCUGCUAUGUAUGAACUUGUUCGUGUGGGACAUGACAACCUUAUUGGAGAAAUUAUUAGAUUAGAAGGAGAUUCUGCUACAAUCCAAGUCUAUGAAGAGACAGCUGGGUUGAUGGUGAAUGAUCCUGUUCUACGAACACAUAAGCCCCUUUCAGUGGAGUUGGGACCUGGAAUUUUGGGGAACAUUUUUGAUGGUAUUCAGAGGCCUUUAAAAACUAUCGCUAGAAUAUCUGGUGAUGUCUAUAUUCCUCGUGGGGUCUCUGUACCAGCUUUAGACAAAGACAUUCUCUGGGAGUUCCAACCCAAAAAAAUAGGUGAAGGAGACGUUCUAACUGGCGGAGACUUAUACGCAACUGUCUUUGAGAACAGUUUGAUGCAGCACCAUGUUGCUCUUCCUCCUGAUGCUAUGGGAAAGAUCAGUUACAUUGCACCUGCUGGUCAAUACUCACUAAAGGAUACUGUGUUAGAGCUCGAGUUUCAAGGUGUCAAAAAGCAAUUUACCAUGCUUCAGACUUGGCCUGUCCGUACACCACGGCCAGUUGCAUCGAAACUUGCUGCUGAUACACCUCUCCUAACUGGGCAGCGUGUUCUGGAUGCCCUUUUUCCCUCUGUUCUUGGUGGGACUUGUGCCAUCCCUGGAGCAUUUGGUUGUGGGAAAACAGUCAUUAGUCAAGCUCUGUCUAAGUACUCUAAUUCUGACACUGUGGUUUAUGUUGGUUGUGGAGAGAGAGGAAACGAAAUGGCAGAGGUUCUUAUGGAUUUUCCUCAAUUGACUAUGACAUUGCCUGAUGGCCGUGAAGAAUCUGUCAUGAAGCGUACAACACUUGUAGCAAACACUUCGAACAUGCCUGUGGCUGCUCGAGAGGCCUCCAUUUAUACAGGCAUCACGAUAGCUGAAUAUUUCAGAGAUAUGGGUUACAAUGUUAGUAUGAUGGCUGAUUCAACAUCUCGUUGGGCAGAAGCAUUGCGUGAAAUAUCAGGGCGUCUGGCAGAAAUGCCCGCGGAUAGUGGUUAUCCUGCUUAUCUGGCGGCACGUUUAGCCUCUUUCUAUGAACGGGCGGGUAAAGUGAAGUGUCUUGGUGGGCCAGAACGUACUGGUAGUGUUACAAUUGUUGGUGCUGUUUCUCCUCCAGGCGGAGAUUUCUCAGAUCCUGUGACAUCUGCGACCCUCAGUAUUGUUCAGGUCUUCUGGGGUCUGGACAAAAAACUUGCUCAGAGGAAACACUUUCCAUCUGUAAACUGGCUUAUUUCUUACUCAAAAUACUCCAAGGCCUUGGAGUCUUUCUAUGAGCAAUUUGAUCCAGAUUUUAUUGAAAUCAGAACAAAAGCACGUGAGGUGUUGCAGAGAGAAGAUGACCUGAAUGAAAUUGUCCAGCUUGUAGGCAAAGAUGCUUUGGCAGAAACAGAUAAGAUUACCUUGGAGACUGCUAAACUUCUGAGGGAGGACUACCUUGCCCAGAAUGCAUUUACCCCAUAUGAUAAAUUUUGCCCAUUUUACAAGUCGGUUUGGAUGAUGCGCAACAUUAUCCAUUUCUCCAAUUUGGCCAAUCAGGCGGUGGAGCGAGGUGCUGGUAUGGAUGGGCAGAAGAUAACAUACAGUCUUAUCAAACACAAGAUGGGAGAUCUCUUUUACCGAUUAGUGUCUCAGAAAUUUGAGGAUCCAGCAGAAGGUGAGGCAGCUCUGGUGGCAAAAUUUAGUAAGCUACAUGAUGAUCUGACUGCAGGUUUCCGCAACCUUGAGGAUGAAACUCGAUGAUCCAAGUAUCUCGAAUCGGUUUUGUGUAAAAUCAUUUCUCAGUGGCAAUGCUGAUCUGCAGCUAGGACGCUGGUCUCUUUCGGCAUUUGUAACAUGUCUGAGCCACACUAUGGUGGGUCCAUGUUGUGGUGACUUUUGUAGUCGGCGUUUGUGCAUUGUGUUCAAAUUAAAUUUGGGUUGCGCUUUAUAAUUUUGCCUAGAUUAGUUGUUUAUCUAGAAUAAGAGACAAAACACUGUUAAUUCAUAUAUGAUGCCCUUGUAUUUAGACGUGGUUCAGUUCAUAGAAUCUCAAUCUGUUCGCACAAAA